GAAGGAGUUGCCUGUCGCAUGAGUGAAGGGGAAGACAGGCCCCUCCACACGCCAUAGCCACAGACCAGAUCUCAUCAAUCAGUGUCGUUGUUUUUCUCGCGGUUUUCAAGAGCGGAUCGGGUUCGGCACGAUGAGCACUCCUGCAGCACUCUCCGGGGUUGGGGGCCUUUACUCAGGUUUUACUCGACUUUCAAAAGGGUUAGCUGUAGUUCUUGUCGCGGGCUAUCUUGCCAAUGUCAUCUUACCUCAUACAAUUUCUGUUACUUUUUCUUUAAUACCUGGAAAAUUCAUACCAUUUGUUUGGAACAUCAUCACAGCAGGCUAUCUUGAGACAUCCAUUUUUGGUUUGGGGACGAGCAUUGUCGCCCUACUUCUUGCUGGAAAGCAUCUGGAGCCUUUCUGGGGCUCGAAAGAGUUUGUGAAGUUUAUAGCUUUUGUCAAUUUGUUCACUUGCGCAAGUACCUUCGUCUUGGCCAUCUUUCUCUACUUCAUUUCAAGACAAGGAAACUAUCUGUAUGCGCCAAUAUCAGGGUUCCAUGGAGUAGUGGCUGGGUUUCUUGUAGCUGUAAAGCAGAUCAUUCCAGAACAAGAAAUACCAGCUCUUAAGCUGCGUGUAAAGUGGUCCCCUUCCGUCUUUGUGGCCUUUGCGAUCCUCAGCAGUCUUUUCUCGCCGGAGCCAAUGCAAUUCGUACCGUUCGUUGUGUUCGGAACUUACGGAGCUUGGAUGUAUCUUCGUUAUUUCCAGCAGAAGCCCGAGGCAGGACUCAAAGGGGACUUUAGUGCUGAAUUUGCAUUCGCAACUUUCUUCCCAGCACCUGUGCAGCCUUUCGUCGAUCCAAUAGCAACAAUCUUUGAAAAUAUUUUCUGCAAGCAGAGAAGACAAGUAUCUAACGAAGGGCCGGGAGUUGAUCUGGGGAAACCCCUUCCAGGAUCAGAUUCUGUUGAGGCUAGCAGACGAAGGGAGCGAGGCGCUCGUGCUCUUGAAGAAAGAUUAGGUGCCAAAGGUAUUUCAGAAGGCCUACCAGUAAAGGGACUUGAGCCAAAAGGAUCUGAUGAGAUAGUCUAAGCGAGGAUUAGGGUUCAUAAUUUUAUUUGUUUAUUUUUAAAGUAGUUUUUCUUCUUUUUCUUUUCCUUAAAGAGGGAGGAGGUUAUUUGGGAGACUAGCAGGGGCCAAAAACACAUGCAUUAUCAAACUUGACUGACAUUUCGCUACAUCUCCCUCUCUGCAAGCACAGUUUUCUUUCACAGUGAAAUCUUCUCCCCUUGUUCCAACACCUAGAUCUUUUCUCUACCGAGGGAGUUUUGUAGCAUCAUGCAUGGUCACCUGGAGCACUUGUGAGAUGCUUCUCUGGGAUCUCAGUAAUUGUAGGACUGGAAAGAGUUAUGGUACAGUGUAAAGUGGAAAGUCUUGUGAACUAGAAAAUGGUCUACAGUAGCUUCCGAAGGUUGUGAAUACAUAAGUUCCCCUACUUUCAGUCUACGUUUAGCUCUCUCUCUCUCUCUCUCUCUCUCUCAUUCUUCAUUUUGCAUUGGUUUUUUUACCGAAUGAUGAGAAAUGGAUGUUCUCUGCCUGAGAACAUACUAAGGUGCCA